CAGUGCUUACCAAUUUUCCUCAGCUUUCGAUGUAAUGAGUCUAGAGGUGACGUGGGUUGAUACGCUCGUUUCAUGGCAUCUCAGACCGCUGUCCCCCUCCGUCCUUCAGCUGAGAACAGCAUUCAUGCCAAGUAUGUUCGCGCGCCUCCACCCGCCCAGACGCUGAGAAAGAUCCUGCCACACGCGUUGAGUCUUUUCCCUUACCUCUCGCAUCCCGCAUCCCGCAUCCCGCCUUGGCUUCCUGCAUCCCCACCAGGGUAACACGCACACAACAGGCACGUACACGCCGGCAUGACCUGAACAGACUAUGCCUUUAUCGCCUCAACCCCUAUCUUCUUCCCCCCCUUCUAACUCCUUGCCGCUAAACUUGUACGAUCGUACUGUCAGCCUUCUUUCAAACGUUCCCCGAAGGCUCCCGUUCUGAGUGUUCGCCGGGUGGGAUGGAGCUGCGUGGGCUUGAAGAGCUCGUAGCUCGGUAGAUUAGAGAG